AUGCUGCCCAGCCUUUUCGAAUCAGUGCAGUCCACCCUUAAGGAUGUCGGUGCCACGGCCACCACCCACGAUGCCUCGGUAGCCAAGUACUCCCUCCGCAACCUCGAGAUCGUCGCCACCAACACCGCGCCCCUGGUGCUUGUCACGGCCAUUGAUGGCGACAACGUCAAACUGACGCAAAUCAAACCCGGUGACGACGUCAAGCAAAAGAUCGAGCAAUUGUUACUGAGUCACCACGUCGAUGUUGCUGGCGCCACUCAACUGGGGUCUGGCGACCAGAGACGAGGGAACCCGACACCCACUGAGCGCCAAUGGCGCCCCGAGAGCGACUUAUCCUCACGCCCCCCUCAACAACAAUCACAAUCACAGCCUCAGCCUGACGACGACCGGCCCCGGUUUGACGACGAGCUCCAGAUGCUAGGCGCCCCAGGCAUGCCCCAACCGCACUUGCUGGGGAUACCCCUGAUCGGCAGCCGUGACUUGGAUCCCGUCGAUCCCCGUCGCUUCAACCCCCUUACCGGUGGCUUGGGCGGCGACGAUGACGGCGGCAUGAUCCCCCUGAUGAACCACCCGCUCUUCCGUGGCGGAGGGCGCCACGGCCACCCGGCGCCGCCUGGUGCGCGCUACGACGACCCUAGCGACCCCGGACAACACUUUGACCAGACCAGCGGCCUUGGUGGGCUUGGUGGUGGUAUGGGGCGCGGGUUUGGUGGCGGCCCCCCUGGCUCUGGCGGCGGCUUCGCUCCUGGCGGCUACGGCAACGGGCCCAACUUCUUGUAA